GAAUUGAGUGCGUGCGCGUCCACGCGAAGAGGGGUGGAGAAUUCUGGCAAGGGGUGCUUUUCGGCACAACACCGGAAUGUUUUUAUAGUUUCUUAUUUAAUACCCCGUCCAGCUGUUCGCGGUAAUGCACCGUUAACUUUGGAUGCCAACCGCGGUUAAACCUUAAACCCCAUUGAAGAAGAAGUAGAACGCUCCAGCCCAAGUUACACCACCCCAUUCCCGAAAAUGGAUCGCUCCUACAGACAGUGAGUCACGUGGCCUGCUAUAUAAACCAGGCAGGCAAGCAGCCAGCUAUACUGCUCGAUUGAACGUAACAAUGGGUAAAAUGAGUGACCUAAGGGACUUUGAGCGUGGUAUGAUCGUAGGUGCCAGGCGCGCCGGAUCAAGUGUCUCAGAAACGGCCGCCCUCCUGGGCUUUUCACGCACGACAGUUUCUAGAGUUUACCGAGAAUGGUGUGACAAACAAAAAACAUCCAGUCAGCGGCAGUCGUGUGGGCGAAAACAACUAGUUGAUGAGAGAGGUAGAAUGAGAAUGGAAAGAAUCGUGAAAGCUAACAGGCGGGCCACAAACAGACAAAUAACAGCGCAGUACAACAGUGGUGCGCAGAACGGCAUCUCGGAACGCACAACUCGGCGAUCCUUGUCACGGAUGGGCUACAGCAGCAGACGACCACGUCGUGCAAACGAGGAGUGGAAAAACAUCGCCUGUGUAGAUACGGUACGGGAACUUGUCCUUGACAACUGUAGCUCAAAUGAAGGAAAAAUUGAAGGCCUUACAGCAGAAUUUGUCAGUCUGGAAUUCCUCAGUUUGAUAAAUGUUGGUUUAAUCUCUGCCUCCAACCUUCCCAAACUUGAGAAACUCAAGAAGUUGGAACUCAGUGACAACAGAAUCUCUGGUGGCCUUGACGUGUUAGCAGAGAAACUCCCCAACCUCACACAUCUAAAUCUAAGCGGGAACCAACUGAAAGACAUCAGGACAUUGGAACCUUUGAAAAAGCUGGAUGGCCUGAAGUCUCUAGACUUGUUCAACUGUGAGGUGACCAACCUGAACGACUACAGGGAGAGUGUGUUCAAGCUGCUCCCUCAGCUCACCUACCUGGAUGGGUACGACGUGAAGGACCGAGAGGCAUCCGACUCGGACGGAGAGGUGGCCGGUGACGACGAUGAGGAAGGGAAUGGGGAUGGAAAGGAGGAACACUUUGACAAGGACUGUGAUGAAGAGGGAGUAGUAGGAGAGGAGGAGGAGGAGGAAGACCUCGGCAUUGAUUAUGAAGUUGACGAUGUCAAGGCUGUCCAAGGAGAGAAGAGAAAGCGAGAGCCUGAUGACGAUUAAGAGCAAAAAACGAAAGCAUAGUGUUACCAACUCCUUCCCUCUCCAAUAGUUGUUACAUAGAAUGAGCCUUGACUAGAAUACAGUAUAUACAUAUGAAGUGGGUAAAACAGUAUGUAAACAUUAUUAAAACGGCAGAAGUCUCUAAGGUGCAGGGUUGAGUAUCGGGUGGUAGCCGGCUAGUUACAGUGACUAAGUUCAGGGCAGGGUACUGGACGGAGGCCGGCUCGUGGUGACUGAGUAACAGUCUGAUGGUCUGGAGAUGGAAUUUGUUUUUCAGUCUCUCGUUCCCAGCACUGUCUUCGCCUUCUAGAUGGUAGCGGGUUGAACAGGCCGUGGCUCGGGUCCCUGAUGAUCUUCUUGGCCUGUGACACUGGGUGCUGUAAAUGUCCUGGAGGGUAGACCGUGUGCCCCCUGGUGAUGCGUUGGGCUAACCUCAUCACCCUCUGGAGAGCCUUGCGGUUGCGAACUGUGCAAUUGCCGUACCAGGCGGUGAUCCAGUCGGACAGGAUGCUCUCAAUGGUGCAUCUGUAGAAGAUUGAGGGUAUUAGGGGUCAAACCAAAUUUCUUCAGCCUUGUCAUGUUUUUUUUUCAUACUGAAUGCAGCCCUGGUUUGAUUUAAGUCAAAACGAUGUAAAUACCUGAAUGUUUGUUUAGCAACGAACAACGGGUGUUUCUACAAGUAUUUCAUUUUCAAUAAAUCUGCAAACAUU